GUGAGUGGGUUCAAGUCCGUGCCUCCUUCCCGUGCUCCAAAGCUCAUAUCUUUGUUCGUCUCUGGAGAAAUUCCAUCUCUUAGAUCCCUAAUUCGUAGAGAAAUAGGCUGAGGGUGCUCUAGAUCGUUUAUAGUUUCGCUCUCGGAUCGAUUCCUCUUGUUUUCCCUUUCGAUUUGGUGCUGUUUUGCAAGGAUUUGGCCGCUGAAAUGGGGAUCUCGGCUGGGUUUCGAUUUGAAGCGGUGGUCUCGUUGAAUCGAUCGAUUUGGUUGUAGUUGCGAGCUGUUGUCUCUUCUUUCUUUGAUUCGACGUGGAUCUGUUUGAUUUGAGGAAGAAAGAGCCUGAAUCAUUUGGUAUUGCUAGGAAAAUCAAGGGUUUAACGCUGUUUUGAGAUAUUUUGGAAGUCGUUUUCGCUAACCUGGCAUCAAAGGUCACGGAUUUCACGAGCACCAAGAUCGAUUCUCAAGGGUUUGUUCUAAGUUUCAUGCAAAGGAGACCAUUUAGAUCAAGAUUUCGUAUUGAUUGUUCUGAAAAGUUCUGGAUUUGGAAAUGGAGAUGCUUGUGAUUGCUGGGCAGCAGCAUCGUAAUCAGCACUAUGGUAGAAACAACUCUAGGGUACCAAAUGGGUUCCAUUCCUCUCCACCGCGAAGCUUCAAAGGGAUGAAUUGCAGGAGCUUUGAGUCGAGUCCUGGGAUUCUCCCACCCCCACCUGCCAAACUUCACUCCUAUGGCAGCCUUCCAGAUCCCAAAUCCCCUUUCUCCUUUUCGGAACCCCCAAAACCUAGAAAAAGAAGUACCCCUAUUGCCAUAAAACGCAAGCAAUCUCCUCCCAAAGUAAACCUCUUUGGUGAUGGCUUCUCUAAUUCAGAGCUCUGGGCAGGCCCUGCUUAUACUAACUCACCACCUCCAAGCUCUUUGCCUAUCCCGAAGUUCUCUCUGCGCCAGAAACGCAGCAUUUCUCUUGAACUACCCAAUCUUGAUGCUGAAAUAAAGCCUCACCCAGUUUCGAAGUCGGCCCCAUCUUCACCUUCUGGGGCAUCCCGCUCACAUGCUUCUGGUUUUUUUCGUGACACUGCCUCUGCGACGGAGAAUCUCCGUCGCAUCCUCCACCUUGACAUUAAUGAUGACUGAGUUUGCUCAGUGUCAGAUAUGUGUAUAUAGGUGUAGUUUUAGGACUUUGUGAUGUUAUAAGGUUGUAUGUAUGUUUCGUCUUAGAAUUUAAUUUAGGUACAUCAAUAUGGUAUGCAAAAUAAAGACACGGAUAGGUGUGGUUGUGGAUGGCGACUUCUUAGGAGGAAAGAAAUGUAGGAUGAAGCGGUUGGCGGGAUGAAGUGGGUAGUAUGUCUCAGAAGUCUAGUGUCAUUCGCAAUGCACAUAAUCUGUGUCUGGUAACUAGGUAAUCUAUAGGUAUGUCCUUUUAGAUGGAGAAUUUACACCAUCUUUGGUCAGUAACAAUCUCUUCUUUGCUAUGUUCGGGUUAGAAACAUAUUUUUCCCUUGAAUUUGGUAUCUUCAUAAUGGUUAGAUUAGUAGAUCUGAAUAUGUUAACUACUUGUAGAAGUUUCGAGUCUUCUUUGCUUAUGGUGGAUCUUUAGAUUUGUGAACUCAGUUAUGAACUUCUUGUUUGUUUAGCUUUUCAUAUUUGUAUUUUGUUGGUGUUAGCUUCUCUUCUUACAUUGCCUGCUCUUUAGCUGUUAUCUGACUCAUCUAUGGUGCCUUGUGAGGGCAUCAAGUGUCCCUUCCCAAUUUUUCUGGUUUUUUGAAGGAAAAAGUUGGGGGGACUUAAAGGAUGAAUUUCUCACUCUUUACGUUCACUUGUCCAUCUUCCAGCAUAUAGUGUUUAGCUGUCAUAGUCCUCAUCAGUGUGUUCUUUUUCUUAUUAGUGUGUUCUUUUUCUUAUUGGUGUGUUCUUUUCUUUGUGGUGUCUCUCUAGCUUUAGUUGUGAAAAGUGCCUAUGUUAGUAUUUUAGCUCAAGAGUCUGUUUCCUUGGAUAUGUUCUGAGGGUUUGAGUCUAUUUAGCCAUGUCUACAGGUUUAGUGUUGUGAGGCUUACUCACUGGAAGUCUGCUGAAUAAGUCCUUUAAGGGCAUUGCUUUGCUGAUACGGUGGUUGGAUGAAAAUCAAAUUGUUCUGCCAGUAUGUUUUCUUCGCCUUCGUGCAGCAUCAAAUAUAUCAUCUAUCGGUUAUCUGCAUCGGCAGGGUGUUAUGAAAAUUAUGAUUAGUCUGGUUUGUUGCUUUGUACAAGCGAUGAAGUGUUAUGGGAGUCUUAUCUUGUUUGGUUUGGCUGAAUAUGUUAUUUGGUUUGAUAUAUGCAAGUGUCAUGUGUGUGUGGAACGCAUGAAUGUGCUAUGCAUCUUAUGUUCAUGCUAGUUGCUAUCAUUGUUCAGUUUUAUUCAUCCUAAUAUCCAGAAACUUAUUCCUGUGGAAUUGCAUCUUGGUCUUGCAAAAUCUGAGAUCCAAUUGGGCGAUGAAAUUCUUACUUGAAUUAAAUUUGGAAAG